AUGAACGAAUCCCCCAUUGCCGUCUCCAAAACCCCAUCUGGAAUCACUACCAUCACAAUCACUCGCCCCCACCGCCGCAAUGCUGUCAAUCCGUCCACCGCCCGCGCACUGUACUCUGCCUUCAUUGAUUUCGAAGAGGACACCUCGCAGAAAGUCGCUAUUCUUGCCGGCUCCGAGGGGGCCUUUUGCGCCGGCGCGGACCUUGUCGACCUGACGGCACAAUCCAAGCAAGAUCCAGCCACUCUAGACCCGCUGGAUAGAGAUCAUCUGCAACCAGUCCAAAAUCGCAACUGCGGUCCAAUGGGUCCGUCAAGGUUGCAGGUGAAGAAACCCGUUGUCGCCGCAGUGGCGGGCCACGCCGUUGCCGGCGGCCUUGAGCUGAGCCUUUUGGCUGACAUGAGGGUGGUGGAAGAGGACGCAAUAUUUGGCGUCUACUGUCGCCGCUGGGGCGUGCCCUUGAUAGACGGCGGAACAGUCCGCUUGCAAGCUAUUGUUGGCUUGGGACGGGCAUUGGACAUGAUUCUCACUGGCCGACCAGUUUCGGCGCAGGAAGCUCUGUCCAUGGGUCUUGCGAAUAGGGUCGUUCCCAAGGGCAAGGCGCUUGAAGAAGCCACGAAAAUCGCAGAGUUGCUGCUGAGGUUUCCUAAUGCGUGCAUGAACGCUGACCGGAACUCUUGCUACUAUGCGGCAUAUGGUGCUGAGAGCUUUGAAGAUGCAAUGAGGAACGAGUAUGACCACGGGGUCAAGGUAUUGCAGUCGGAGAGUAUCGCAGGUGCUGCUCGAUUUGCCGGUGGUCUAGGAAGACACGGCGGGUUUGACAAGUUGUGA